AUGCUAAUAGAGAGCUCCAAACGAGAAUGGAAGCCUCUGGAAGACCGUAGCUGCACAGACAUACCAUGGCUGCUGCUCUUUGUCCUCUUCUGCAUUGGGAUGGGAUUUAUUUGUGGCUUUUCAGUAGCAACAGGUGCAGCAGCGAGACUAGUGUCAGGAUACGACAGCUAUGGAAAUAUCUGUGGGCAGAAAAAUGCAAAGUUGGAAGCAAUACCAAACAGUGGCAUGGACCACACCCAUCGGAAGUACUGUGAGAGAAGAGGCUCAGAACUAUGUAGCUACAGCCUAAAGCCUUCUGAAUAUACUACAUCUUCAAAAUCUUCUGUUCUUUGCCCCAAACUACCAGUUCCAGCGAGUGCACCUAUUCCAUUCUUCCAUCGCUGUGCUCCUGUGAACAUUUCCUGCUAUGCCAAGUUUGCAGAGGCCCUGAUCACCUUUGUCAGUGACAAUAGUGUCUUACACAGGCUGAUUAGUGGAGUAAUGACCAGCAAAGAAAUUAUAUUGGGACUUUGCUUGUUAUCACUAGUUCUCUCUAUGAUUUUGAUGGUGAUAAUCAGGUAUAUAUCAAGAGUACUUGUGUGGAUCUUAACAAUUCUGGUCAUACUGGGUUCACUUGGUAAGCUAUUUUUUUGUUUGUUUUAUAUGGUAUCUAACUAUUUCCAUGAUAGAAACACAGUUACUAGCACAAAUUUGAAGUUUCUGUUUUCACCACUUAAAACAGUAAUUGGAGCCUUUCCGUCUGUUCUCUCCAUACAGGUCAUCCUGUUCCUGAUCAUGUUGGUCAUGCGCAAACGUGUCGCUCUCACCAUUGCCUUGUUCCACGUGGCUGGCAAGGUCUUCAUUCACUUGCCACUGCUGGUCUUCCAGCCCUUUUGGACUUUCUUCGCUCUUGUCUUGUUUUGGGUUUACUGGAUCAUGACACUUCUUUUUCUUGGCACUACCGGCAGUGCUGUUCAGAACGACCAAGGCUUUGUGGAGUUCAAAAUUUCUGGGCCUCUGCAGUACAUGUGGUGGUACCAUGUGGUGGGCCUGAUUUGGAUCAGUGAAUUUAUUCUAGCAUGUCAGCAGAUGACUGUGGCAGGAGCUGUGGUAACAUACUAUUUUACUAGGGAUAAAAGGAAUUUGCCAUUUACACCUAUUUUGGCAUCAGUGAAUCGUCUUAUUCGUUAUCACCUUGGUACGGUGGCAAAAGGAUCUUUCAUUAUCACAUUAGUCAAAAUUCCGCGAAUGAUCCUUAUGUACAUUCACAGUCAGCUCAAAGGAAAGGAAAAUGCUUGUGCACGAUGUGUGCUGAAAUCUUGCAUUUGUUGCCUUUGGUGUCUUGAAAAGUGCCUAAAUUAUUUAAAUCAGGUAAAAUAUUUUAAAAAUAAAUCUAACAUUCACUUUCAAACAUAG